GUGGUAAUUCGUUUCGAUGCCGCACGCCAAAUCGUGGAAAUAGUGCGUUAUCGUGGAAAGUUAUCGCUAGCUACUGCGCGGUUUGUUUUCCCUUUGUUUGAUUGCCUUUAUUUACAUCGGCAUCGACUCAGUUUUAAGCAGAAUGUCUGAGCAGUUUUUGGGUUGUACAGUUUCGGUGAAGUGUAUCGAUGAUCUUGCUUACCAAGGUAAAAUUAUUGAUCUAAAUAAGAGUAGUCUGACUCUUGCAAAAGCAUUUUGCAAUGGCAUACCUCAUACUUCUUCUGUUGUAAACUUGAGUGUAAAGGAUAUACAGAAUCUUGAGAUUAUAUCAACGGAGGAAGCAGGAAAUGUUAAUGAUACACACAGUAAGGUAAUUGUGAAGAGACCAAUUGCGAAAAGGGCUGGGCGAUCUAUUUCAGAGUGUGUUCCAAAUGCAACAGUGCAAGCAGGAAGUUCUCAGUCACAGACAAACUUUAAAAAACCAGCAGAGCCUAACCAACAGCAAGUGGAGCAAACUCCUAAUGGGAAAAUACCUCAAACUGAAAAUAAUGCAUCUAAUAAUAAAUCAGUCUCAAAGAGAUUAACUCAUCGGCAAAGAGCACUGGAAAGAGACGAACAUACCUUCGGUACCCCGAUUGAUCAAUUAGAGCAAGACUUUGAUUUUGAAAAGAACUUAGCAUUGUUUAACAAAGAGGCUGUGUGGCAAGAAAUAAACUCUUUGAAGCCGGACAUUGUUAGACAGUCGGAAAACAAUCGGGGUACUACUGCUAUCUACCGACCCGACGAAAAUAUUCUUGUAUCCGAACCUACAGUACUCAGACAGAUCAUGGUGCCUUGCCGUGGUGAAAAAGAAUAUGUUACAGAUAAUGGUCUAGUAAUUCCUAGCAUCCCUCUAAGUUUACAUCGGCAAUUAAUAGGUGCAGCAGAUAGAUUGGGAAUAAGUUGGGAACGCAGGGUGGAAUUGCUCGGUCGCGCUGGUGCUGAACUCACCUUACAAUUAUUGGGUGGAAGUCAUCGAUUGAAUCCGAAUAAUGCGCAUCAAUGGCCCACCGUGGUCGUACUGUGUGGACCGCAUCGUUCCGGCGCUGCAGGAAUCAACUGUGCUCGACAAUUGGCUGCUCACGGUGUCACAACAAUCGUGUUUGUGGAAAAUGCGGAAGAUGUAUUUCUUCUGCAAGAAUUGUCACUAUACAGGCUAACAGACAACAAGGUAGAAACCAAAGUCAAGAAUCUGCCAUCAUUGGUAGAUCUGAUACUUGUAGCGCUCUGCGACGAAGAUUCGCCCAGAAUGAUCACUCCAAUAGCGAGAUGGGCAAACAGUAAUCGGGCGCCAGUACUAUCUAUUGAACCUCCGGCGACGGGUACACCAGGCGUACUCAGUAAAUUCAGCCUGUUGGGUGCCCUACCGCUAUCGCAUAGUGUCGACAACGGCAGAUUAUAUUUGUGCAAUCUCGCGUUGCCAAAUAAAGUAUACUCUGACGUUGGGAUUAAGUUUAGAUCACCGUUUGGACCUAAAUUCGUAAUUCCUCUACAUUCCAAUAACUCUUAGCAAAUUUUUAAGGACCACAUCGUGUCUUUUUGAAUAGUCGCCUUCGUUUUAUCAUGCGCGAUUUCUAAACCUCGUAUACAGGGAAAUAUAUUUUACUUCCGGGGCCCAUUGAGUAAAGAGUUUAUGUAUAGUUUGACAUUUGAUAUAAACUUUUAGAUAAACUUUUAGAAAGAGAGAAAAGGGGAACGCAUGAUGUACCAUAAUAUUUUUCGUAUUAAUUGCAUGAUAUCCACAGAUGGAUGCACAAUGCACUAUUUCCGAUAUUGUAUAACUUUGAAAGCUAUACUUUAAAGUCUUGAUUAAGCAUUAUACACAUAGAUAAAAUAUAGAUAUUUUGUCUGUAAAACUGUGAAAACAUCGUUUUAUGAAUAGCAAACAUAAGAUAGAUCUAAUGCUCCAAAUAUUAACGGCAUACUUCUCCAAAGUAAAAAGUAUGUAGAGUCUUUGUUUAGGGAUACAACUAUAUAUGUCGCAGCAUGAUUUUGCAUCAGAGCACAUGAGUGCUCCCAAAUUGAUAUGGCUAAAUAAAAGCUAAUUACUUUGCACAGGUCACACUACACAUGUGUGUAUCUACAGAGUUUAUAUUAACAAAAUUUAUAUUGAUGAGUAAAAAAAAGUAUGUAAAAAUUAUUGCCAUAAAUUCUCAUAAUUAAGAAUGUUCUCAUGUUUUCGGAUUAAUAAAUAGUUAAAUGAUGAGAAUCCUUUAAGAAUAUAGAGCCACUGUAAGAAAAUACUUGCUUGGCAUAGUAUAAGUUUAUAGCUGAAAAUUAAUAGUAAGAAUAUUAAAUUGAUGGCUUGCACAUACGAGAGAAAAGUCUUUAUAUAUUUUUAAUAAUUUGUAACGUACUAUUUAUGUCAUUAAAAAUUUGCGCGCAAGACGCGCAGUUAUUUAGCAUUUCUAUUUGAUUAAUUGGUUGAUUGACAACAAUUUUAUACUUGUGCACAUCUACAUUUAUUAAUUUGUUUAGUAAACUCUAAUUCUCUUGCUCAUACACCGAGUAUUAUAUGUAUUUUAUUUUACUUUAUGUUCCGAUAUAGAAACUAUAAUAACGAAAUGUGUAGAUGUAUUGAAAUUAUUG